GGUGUCCUGAUGCUGAAACGGAAGUGACGUACAAGCCAGGUGGCGUCAUGGAGCAGCAGCAACAGCAACUGAGAAACUUGCGAGACUUCCUGUUGGUAUACAAUCGGAUGACAGAACUCUGCUUCCAGCGCUGUGUGCCCAGCCUGCACCACCGAGCUCUGGACGCGGAGGAGGUGGGGGAGGCCUGCCUGCAUAGCUGUGCUGGGAAGCUGAUCCAUUCCAACCACCGGCUCAUGGCCGCUUACGUGCAGCUCAUGCCUGCCCUUGUGCAGCGCCGCAUCGCAGACUACGAGGCCGCCUCGGCUGUACCAGGUGUUACAGCAGAACAGCCCACAGCCUCACCACCAGCCAGCUAGCCAGCCCCAACCCCAGGAGGGAAGGUACUGGAAGGACCUAGUGGACUUGGACUUGGUGAAGCCUGGACGGAGAUUAAGGGAGAAGGGCUGUUGCUCCUUUCCUGGAGCCAAUAAACCCAGUUUUUGCUGUUUGAUUUAAAUGAUAA